CUUAUUUGCUGAAACUGAGGAGUGGUUACAUUUAGUUCCUGGCAAAAAUGGAAUAUAUUUUUAAAAAGGAGCGACGAACCUUUGGUGCCCGCGUCACCUUUGAGGACAAGGAUGAUGUGGUGUUCAGCGAGAACUCCAAUCCGGAGUUGGUUAAGAACUACAUCCUGCAGAAUCCCGUGGAUCGGGUGACGCAAUACGCUGGACAAACUUCGCUGAGUGUGGCAAAUACAGAAAGGGCAACCUACAAAAGUACGGGAAUAACACACAAUGAGGGAGGAUGGCCAAAGGAUAUUAAUAUGCACGAUCCGGAGCAGACGGUGCGAUACAAGCGAAAAAUCGAGAAGGAUGAGAACUAUAUCACCCAGGUGAUGAACCUCACCAAGCCGAUGGAGCACUACAUCCAUCAGAACAAUGCGGUUAACAUCUAUGAGAACUACUUCGAGAAUCUCGACCCGGCUCCACUUCCCGAACCCUGUAAGUCGCGAACGGUGAACGUUUACCGGGAUCCGAAUCCCGUCAAGGUGCCGGUGAAGCAUCUUUCCUGGUCCCCGGAUGGCGGCAUCAAGAUGGCCGUCAGCCACUGCGACAUGCGGUUUCAGGGCGACAAGUCCAACCAGAAGUGCAACUCGUACAUCUGGGAGGUGGAGAACCCCAACGAACCGUUCCUCACCCUGGAGCCAAAGGUUCCCUGCGUGUGCUUGGAGUACAAUCAGAAGGAUCCAACCAGCUUGGUGAGUGGCAUGUACAAUGGUCAGGUGGCGGCCUGGGAUACACGGCAUGGAAAGCACCCGGUGAUGAUCAGCGAAAGGGAGGUCUGCCACCGGGAUCCAGUGAACUCGGUGCUGUGGAACAAUUCGAAGAGUGGCACCGAGUUCUUCUCCGGCGGAUCCGACGGUCAGGUUCUGUGGUGGGAUACCCGGAAACUCAGUGAGCCCCUGGAUCGCCUGCUAAUGGAUCCAGUCAAGAGUGACGAUCAGGAUCUAUCCCGAUCCUAUGGCAUUUCGGUGCUGGAAUACGAGACCACCAUUCCCACUCGGUUCAUGGCUGGCACCGAAAUGGGCAUGCUCUUCUCCUGCAAUCGAAAGGGCAAGACGCCCACGGAGAAAAUUCAAAUAAGGAUGAUGUGCCACUUGGGUCCGGUGUACGCCAUCACCCGGAAUCCGGCCUUUGUGAAGAACUUUCUCACCGUGGGCGACUGGUGUGCGCGCAUCUGGUCGGAGGAUUGCCGAGAGAGCUCCAUUAUCUGGACCAAGAGCAGCAGCUCCAUGCUGACAGACGGUGCCUGGAGCUACACCAAAGUCUCCCAGUUCUUCAUUACCCGCAUGGAUGGUGUCCUGGACACCUGGGAUCUGCUUCAGCAGCAAAAUGAGCCGGUUCUCACGGUGAAGGUUUGUGAUGAGCCACUUUUUUGUGUCCGGACCAAUGAGAACGGCAAGUUUGUGAGUUGUGGCAGCCAGUUGGGAGCCACCUUCCUUAUCGAAGUAUCCGACAACAUGGUGAUGUCGGCCAAGAACGAUAAGCCAUUGCUAACUGCGAUGUUUGAGCGUGAGAACCGCCGUGAGAAGAUCUUGGAGGCCAAGUCACGGGAGAGCAAGCUGAAGGUGAAGGCCAAUCACGGACAGGAUCAGGCGGACAACAUGAUGAUCAACGGAAAGAUCAAUAUGGCUCCAUUUGAGGGAGCCUGUGAACAGGCAGCCUCGGAAUAUUUUGCUGCCGUGGAACAGGAACGCCAAAGGCGGCUUCCCGGCGGAAAGCGUAGAGGAUGCGGAGGAGGCUGAUGUGUCCGAGGCAGAGAGCUCAAAGCUGUAAAUCUUCAAUGGAGCUGUAAUGUUAUAAAGAAGUCCUUAAAAAUAUUA